CCUUGCCUUCAUCCCUUAAUGUCGGUUCCUCUUUAGAACAUGCGUCAGACGCUUAAAUGUUUAUAUCAUCAGGAAAUUUACUCGUUCAUAAUGUAAUUAUUCCGUAUUAUCCAUUAAAUCUUUAACUCGAAUUUUUGUGUGUGGAAUAUGAUAUAAAGCACACUUGUUCAGACCCUAAUGCUUAAAUAAAAUUAUAUUCAUCGGUUUAACGUGUGACAUGACAAGGAAGAAAAAUCGACACACGAACUAGAAAGUAUUUCAAUUAUUAGUCCCGAAGGGUUGAAACCAAAGUUGACCUUGGUGGAAUGUGAACACUGAUCCCUGAGAGCCAGAACAAAUACCGCAAGCUAUUCUCUCCGAUUAUCUAAAGACACCUUCAAAUAUUGUUAUUUAUAUAUGGAAUAAAAAUAAAAGUGUCUUGUAUCACAAUGAAUGAAACUAAAAUAAGCAAAGAACCAUCUUCGCAUGAUAUCAGCAAUUUCAAUUUUGUUAUUGAUCAUGUCAUCAAUCACAAAGUGAAACAAAAUGACAGGUUUAUUCCAUUGGGUGGAAUACCUCAACUUACUAGACCACAGGAAGAAAUUAUGAUUAGCCGCAUGUUUGAAAGUUGUAUUUUCAAAUCAGGCAUAAGCUGUGUUUUAGGUUUUGCACUUGGUGGUGCUUUUGGUCUAUUUACUGCUGGUAUUGACCCAAUGUCAACUAUGAGCACAGAGACUCCAACUACUAAAUUGGUACUAAAAGAAAUGAAGGCACGCACACUUUCAUAUGGAAAAAACUUUGCAUUGGUUGGUGCUAUGUUUGCAGGUACUGAAUGCACUUUAGAAACAAUCAGAGGCAAAACAGAAUUGCUAAAUGGUACAUUAUCUGGUGGUAUUGUUGGGGGUGUACUAGGACUUCGUGCUGGUCUGAAAGCUGGAGUAUUUGGUGCACUUGGUUUUGCUGCAUUUUCUACAGCCAUUGAUUAUUAUUUACGUCACUAAAUCUUGCCAAAACAAAGUUUCUAUUGUUGUUGGGUUUUUUUUUUGUGACACUUCUACUCACUCCAUAUUUUGGGAGGCCACCUUGACACCUCAUCACCACUCUCUCUCUCCAUCUCCACUCUUGUCACUCCCACCUUCUCUUCUAUAAUGUGAGUAGUCAAAUAGCUCCCCUAUAGGAAGAACUAUGCUCUCUGCUGGCCUCUUCUCAUACAUUAACCACUCAACUCCUAGCAUAGAACCACUUCCCUCUCUACUAUAGACCCACUCAGCCAAAGGGAAACUUAGUCUGGCAAGUUGCUUGGUGACGUCACUAGUGUUGGCAUUCAAUACAUGCUGCAAAGUGGUUGGCAUUAGGAAGGGUAUCUGGCUGUAAAAACCAUACCAAAGCAGACAUUGGAGUUUGAUGUAGUCUCAGAACCAUUUGAUCCUGUCAAUCCAUCCAACCCAUGCAAGCAUGGAACAUGGACAUUAAUGAUGAUGAUGAUGAUGAGGAGGAGGAGGACGACUUCAUCUUUGAAUUAGUCAAUCAAACAUUAAAAAUGUCAUUCAAACAUUACAAAUAUUUACCUUUCUUGUAAACAUAUUUCAGAUUGUCUGUGGAAAGAUGCUCAGAUACUACUAUUGUAUAUACACUUGUUAAACUAUGUACAUUUUAAAGAAAAUUCACAUAAGGAAAAAAAAUAAACACAAAAAUACUGAU